AUGGCCGCUCUCGAGUCCUUCCCUCCCGGCCCAUCGUCCACCGGACCGACCUGGCCGGCGCAGAUGACGCGACGUCUCGGCGAGAGCUUAUUCCUGCUCAACAACCGCCGAAUAACCUCCGAGGAACACGCCUCCGAGGUGGCGCAGGUCCUCGACCGCAUCGUCAACUCCGAGUCGCACGGUGCCGUCUCCAAGAUCCUCGCCCUCGACACGCUACGCGACGCCGGGCUCAUAGGCGACGCGCAGCUGGCGGCGCAAAAAUCGACCGUCCUCGCGAGGCGCGCAGCCUCCGCCGCGAUGCGCGGAGCGUCCGCGGGCGCGCCGGAGACGGAGCGCGAGACGGACGAAGACGACGGGUCGGAAGAGACUGACCCAUGGGCGUUCAUGGCGCCCGAAGAGUCGCGCCUCGCGAGACGCGUCGAUCGCGCGCGAGCCGAGACGGAGGCGCAGCGAGCCCGGAUCGCGGAGAUGUACAGGCGCGAACGCGCGGACGCGAGGGGGGAAGGCGCGCGGCUCGGCGCGCAGCGACCAGACGGGGAGCGACCACCGCGGAUGUCCGACGAAGAUGACGCCGCCGAACCCGACGAUGACACAGCUGGCGACUACGAACCCGACGACCGCGACCGGCGGCUGGCGUCGGCGGCGGAAUCCGCGGCGCGAGCCGCCGCCGCCGCCGCGGACAUCGAGACGUUCGCGCGGGAGAUGGAGUCGAAGCAUCGCAUCGCAUUCGUCGGAGCGGGGGGAAUCGGUGGAACGGCGCCGGGGGAGGGCGACAAGGAGGGAGGAAUGUCGCUCGGGUUUGGUCCCUGGGACGACGCCUUCAGGUACGACGUCGCGUUCGCGUACAGGCCGAACGUACAGGCCGAGUCGGCACCCGGGGACGGGGAUGGGGACGGGGACGGGGACGGGACGCGUCGGGAGGGUUCGGGAGGGGACGAGCGGUCGGGUCUCUUCGAGGUCGACCGAGCGCUCGCGAGGGCGCGGCGGCCGUGGGUGAGGGAGGGGGGCGCGGACGACGAGGAGGAAGGGGAGGCGAGCGGUCGCGUCGUCGAUUCGCCGCCGAGCGCCGACUCGGACGUCGAAAGGGUCGACGAGGACGCGGCGGCGACGACGCCGGCGGAGGAUGAGAAAGAGGACGAGGAUGUUGGCCAGAGCCAAAGCCGACAAAAGUCAACCGCCGCGCUGCUCCGCGCAGCAUCGGCGAAGGAGAUGAAGACGAAGCCGAAGCGGGCGGGUUUCUUCGCCAGGAUGUUCGGCGGUGGUGGUAAAAAAGAAGGGGCGAAAGCCGAGGGCGCGGCGGUCGCGUCCGUCCCGGAGGAGACCGACCGGCGCGAGCCCGAGCCGCCGAGGCGAACGACUCAUUUCGAAGCCAAGGUGACGUUCGUCGGCGCGCCCCCCAAGGCUCCGUUGCGACUGGCGUUCGUCCUCGAGAGGCGCGUCGACGGGGCGGUUCGUGUCAUCGAGGCGACGCUUCCCGCCGGUGCGCUCGUGACGCGCGGGGAGACGAGUCACCGGCUGGUCACGGCUGGCGGCGCGGGCGAGGGGACACAGCUGGCGCGGUACGACGCCGUUCGGGUCAUCGUGAGCUUUGACGCGAGCGGGUCGGCGUCGUCAAAGGCCAAGCCGGCGUCGGCGCACGUCGACUCCGUCUCGCUCGCCGCGUUCGUGGUGGAAGGGGACGCUGGUACACGAAGUGGGGCGAACACUAAACCGGCUCUCGAUGCGGCUCAGAAGACACAGCUGGCGACGUUCGCGGUCAACGGCAAGGUUCGCCGGGGUAAGGGCGUAGAUCCGGGUCUCGGGGAGGUGAGGGUGGCGGCGGCGGCGACUCGCGAGGAGAGCGCCGAGGAGUGGGCGGAGCGAAGGACCAAGCCCAAAUCGGAGGACGAAGUCCCGAGGCGGUACUGGUACAGCAAAUCCAGGAAGACGUCGACGUUCAAGGAACCCGCCAAGUACCACCCGGUCGAGACGGAAGGGACGUGGGCGCGAAUCAACUCCCCGGCGUAG